CUGUUGCCCGACGUAGCCAUGGCGGCCAUGAGUUUACUGCAGCGAGUUUCGGUCGCUUCGGUGGCAGCUCUGUCGGGCCGCCGCCUUGGCACUCGACUAGGAUUCGGGGGCUUCCUCACCCGUGGCUUUCCGAAGGCUGUCGGUGGGUGCUGGCCUAGCGAGAAACAUCCUAUAUCAAGAUGGAUCGCACGUACUUUCUAUGAUUGUCCUGAAAAGAAUUAUGAAAGAACAAUGGCUAUCCUUCACAUUGAAGCUGAAAAGGCUGAAUUACGGUUAAAGGAACUGGAAGUACGAAGAUUAAUGCGUCAGAGAGGAGAUGGACCCUGGUAUCAAUAUCCGACCACUGAUAAGUCACUUAUUGACCAUUCUCCAAAAUCGAGUCCCGACAACUAAUCAUUUGUUUCUUCAAAUACAAAGUAUAUUCUCUGA